UUUAAAUCGGGUGUUGGUGUCCUCUUGUCUUAUUUUUUUUUCUCUUCUUCCUCUUCUUUCAGGAUUGUCGGGUGCCAACUGAAUCAAGUGAGCGAAGGCACCUUUAAAUAUCCAUAUCUAUACCUGCAUCCUUAUUCAUCCUUACGAUUUACAAGGGAAUCGUCCCCACCACAGCCCUUGAGCUAGUCCGAUGUCAAAUCCCGGCGGGCGAGGCUCCGGCCAAGGCGGCCGUGGGCAGCGCGGGUCUCGCGGAGGUGCCCGUGGGGGACGGGGCGACUUUGGUGGGGAGCGGGGAGGUGCCAGAGGAGGUCGGGGAGGCGCUUCCUAUGGACCGCCUCAAGGCGGGCGAGGCGGAGGCGGAGGUGGAGGCCGCGGUGGAGGCCGUGGGGGUUUCGCGCCGGGACCAUCCCAAUCCACCAUCUACCACUCCCAAGAUGGAAGCAUCCCCGCUCCAAGCAGCGCCGUCACGCGCGUCGAGAACGCGCUUGGUUCCGCCAAGGUGAAUCUCAGCCGCCUUAAUCUGAACACCUCGAUGCCUGUGAGGCCCGGGUUCGGCACGAGGGGCGCCGCUGUCACACUUUGGGCCAACUACGUCGAGCUCAUCGCGGCACCCGACCUGACCCUUUACCGAUACGACAUAUCGGUCUCACCAAAGGCCACCGGCAGGAAGCUGGCCCAAGUCGUCCGGCUGCUGCUCGAGGCGCCCGAGCUGGCUCCCUUGCGACAGGACAUAGUGUCGGAUUUCAAGUCGACUUGCGUCUCGCGGAAAAAGCUUCCCCAGGAUGACCUGACAGUCUCGAUCAUUUAUCGUUCUGAGGGCGAGGACGAGCCGCGCGAGGGCGCGAACAAGUACGACGUCCGCAUCUUGUACACGAACACGCUAAGCAUCGGCUCCCUGACCGAGUACUUGACGUCAACGGACUUUGCGGCAAGCUACGAUAACAAGCUGCCGCUGAUCCAGGCCUUCAAUAUUUUCCUGAAUCACCAUGCCAAGUCGUCGGACGACCACGCCACCCUCGGCUCUUCCAAAGCCUUCUCGCUGCUGCCCGACGCCCCCAAGUGGAACCUUGGCGGCGGGCUGACGGCGAUACGGGGAUUCUUCGCGAGCGUUCGCACGGCGACCUGCCGGAUCCUCGUCAACGUCAACGUCAGCAAUGCCGCCUUUUACCUCGACGGCCCCCUGGACCAGCUGAUAGGCGCCUAUGACCCCCAGUGGCGCAAUCGCAAGACCAAGCUGGCGACGUUCCUGAAGAGGGUCCGGGUGAGGACCACGCACCUGCCAAAGAAGACGAACAAGGCCGGCCAGGUCAUCCAUCGGAUCAAGACCGUGUGGGGGCUUGCCACGCCGAACGACGGCUACAGCCUCGCUCACCCGCCUAGAGUGCGGGAGUUUGGUGCUGGACCAAAGCAGGUUGAGUUUUGGAUGGAUUCGAGCCCUCCGUCAAAGCCGGGCGCGGCGGCCAAAGCCAGUGGUGGGCCGGCGAAGAAGAAAGGCGGCAAAGGAGCAGGCCCCGGCGCGGCGGCCGCGUCGGCGGCGGGAGGACGGUACAUCAGCGUCUACGAUUUCUUCUUGAACACGUAUGGCAUGGUUCUUCAAAAGUCGGAUCUCCCCGUCGUCAAUGUCGGGACGCGGGAGAACCCGACGUACCUCCCACCCGAGGUCUGCAUCGUCAUUCCGGGCCAGUGCGCCAAUUCCAAACUGGACCCCACCCAGACCCAGCAGAUGAUUCGAUUUGCCGUCCGCAAGCCGGGAGACAAUGCCAACUCGAUUGUCUACGAGGGGCUGAGUACCAUCGGUCUUUCAAACAACACUAACAGUCUGUUGAGCCAAUUCGGCGUCUCCAUCAACCCCGGCCUGAUCACCGUUCCAGGACGUGUGCUCGACGAACCCAAGGUCUACUACAAGGACAAAAAAGUCGCCCAAGUCCGGUUCGGCGGCUGGAACAUGGUCGACGUGAGAUUCAACACGAACGGAAGGCUGAGUUCGUGGUCAUAUCUCUUGGUCUCGUUGCCCACGCACCGAGACGCGUUCGACCAGGCCAGUUUGUCGUCGACCAUGCAGCAAUUCACAGCUUUGCUGGUCAAGAGAGGCAUCAGUGCGGCCGCUCCUAUGCAGGGCCAGAGACUCGAGCUCAGCAGCCCCGAGGAUCCCCGUCUAGACCAGCGCCUGGAGAUGGCGGCCAAGAGACUCGAACUCCUCCUGGUCAUCAUGCCCGAGGCCAUCACGCCUUUGUACAGUCGCAUCAAACACGCGGGCGAUGUCAGGUACGGCAUCCACACCGUCUGCACCGUCGGCCACAAGCUCGCAAAGUGCAACGAGCAGUACUUCGCCAACGUGGCCCUCAAGAUCAACCUCAAGCUCGGGGGUGUCAACCAGCUCCUCGAUCAGCCCCGCCGCGGCAUCAUUGACGAGGACAAGACCAUGGUCGUGGGGAUCGACGUCACGCACCCCUCGCCCGGCUCGGCCUCCAACGCGCCCAGCGUCGCCGGCAUGGUGGCCAGCAUCGACCGCUGGCUCGGCCAGUGGCCAGGCGUGCUGAGCAUCCAGGCCAAGGCCCGCACGGAGAUGGUGUCGAGCCUGAGCGAGAUGCUCAAAUCACGCCUCCGCCUGUGGAAGGACCCAAAGUACGGCAAGCACGCCGCCCUGCCCGAGAACAUCCUCGUCUACCGCGACGGUGUCUCUGAGGGCCAGUACCAGAUCGUGCUGGACGAGGAGGUGCCGCUCCUCCGGAAGGCCUGCCAAGAAGUGUACCCACCGGCAGACCAGAAGAAGGGCCUCCCACGCCUGACCGUCAUCGUGGUUGGCAAGCGCCACCACACGCGCUUCUACGCCACCCGCGAGGGCGAAGCGGAUAAGUCGUCCAACCCCAAGGCCGGCACCGUCGUGGACCGCGGCGUGACCGAGGCGCGGAGCUGGGACUUCUUUUUGCAGGCGCACACGGCGCUGCAGGGCACGGCUCGCCCGGCGCAUUACUUUGUGAUCCUGGACGAGAUCUUCCGCACCCGCUACGCAAAAAGCGUGCCGCCGCCGUACAACAACAUCUCGGACGUGGUCGAGGCGCUGACGCAGAGCCUGUGCUACACGUACGGCCGCGCCACAAAGGCCGUCAGCAUCUGCACGCCCGCAUACUACGCCGACCUGGCGUGCGAGCGCGCGCGCCAGUACCUGAGCGGCGUCUUUGACACACCCACCCAGUCCGCCGCGGGGAGCAUUACGGCCGAGCCGGCGCUGGUGGCGAGCGACGACGUCUUGUUGCACGCCAGGCUGAGGGACACCAUGUUUUACAUCUGAUUUGGGUGUUGGGGAGGGCGGGAGCGUUGGAUAUGGCGGACUUUGACAUGGGCGGUUGGGGAUGAGGGGAGCCCCUGUGCAAUCUAUGGCGCCAGCGCAAAAGGCACUAGUAAUUCUCUGAGCGAUCUGGAUUCGAAGCGGAAAAAUGACCUUUUUAUGGAAACCCACGUGUUGUUGCUGGAUACAGAGCCUUCCGAGUGACGCCGUUCUGUGCAGUUGGGAUUCAAGAGACCCAUCGGGAAAUGGUACGUAAUGCUACGACUAGAUGAAGAAAAAAAAAGCCGGAAAUAUGCACCUGGAAACCAUGCCUACCCAGAUAAAUAUACCCAACAAGACGUAAAAAAAAGAAAGAAAAAAAGAGAAGUCUACUCGUCGUCGACAAGAGCGCUGCUCAGGCCCAGCAUGAUCAUGC